AAAAAAUGGAAUGAUCUAUGCUUGACAUUUACGCUAACCUCCAAAUUUUGAUUGAGGAAAAUCAUGGGGAAAGGUUCUCAAACAGGGGGGGUAAAGCCUAUGCCCAUCGCGGGCCGGUUCAUCAAUGAACGAGAACGUUUGUUGGGCAUGACCGAUGCGGAUAGAGCUUGGCGUAAACAAUGGCUUGAAGAUCAACACUUGGCAUCCAAUGAACCAAGACACGUUCCCCAAAUGUACAAAGCGACCUACAAUCCGAUCAGAAGAUUUUAUCGUUGGCCACUUGAUCAGUUUGAAAAUAUUCUUACACCAGUCAUUGGGUCCAAUAAAGCAGCGCAUAUUAGACACUUCACUGGGAAAGCUUUAAUGGGUAUAACUUUUCUGUAUGCCACUGCUUAUUAUUUUAAAUAUAAUGGAAAUGAUUGGACUAAAGAUGGAGGAUGGAGAAUGAUCAAGUCACGUGAAAGGGUCACCGAAGGUGAUCCAGGCUAUCCAGCUACGUCAGAAAGAACCAAACCCUCUGAUUAUGCUUCAAGAGGUUUUAAGGACUUUAAGCUAAAUAUUUAAGUUCUGCAUUGUAGUUACAUUAUUAAUAAAUUGUGGUAAAAUGUUUUAUUUUUUCAAGGCCUAUAAA